AUGGACAAUCAUGUAGAUAAAGAUAAACCUCGCCGUCGCCAGCCCAUCAGCUGCGAUCCAUGCCGUCGCUCUAAGCUGCGCUGCGACCGCCACCGACCGUGUUCUUCCUGUCGCCGCCGCCGCUGCGAGGAUUCGUGCCGCUACAAAGCGUCAUCGUCGACCGAGUCGUCCCCCGCCAUUCCAUCGCGUUCAUCCGUAGACCAUCAUGAAUCAACACAUGAUCGCUGGGAUGCAGUCCUGCAGCGACCAACUAUCGACCAUCACGACUCACUGGGCAGCACCGACUUUCCCUUUUCCUUUGGCCAUGUCUCCAUCGACGAGCUGCUCGCUCGUCUUCCGCCGUCCAGCUGCUGCGACUAUCUCAUCACGCAGUAUUUCAUGAGACUAUCCCCGAUGUUCCACAUCCUGCAUGGCCCGACCUUCCAGAAACAGUAUAAUGGCUUCAUCCACGAUCCCUCCUCUGUCGAUCUCUCCUGGCUGGCGCUGCUCUUCCUCAUCUGCUCCGUUACCCUCAACACCAUGGCUGGUGACGAUCCAACCUUAGCUGAUCUCUGGAUCAAGUAUCCCAAUGCCAGAGAUAUCCCGUCCGUGUCGUGUCAAUUGCGAUCAGCCGCCAUGAUCUGUCUAUCGCAGGAUCAGUUUCUCAUCCGCCAUCGUCUCACCAUGCUCGAGGCCCUGUUGAUUCUCAUCUACACCAUCAGCCAUAACGAAGGCGUGGAACGCAGCUGGACUCUCCUCGGCAUCGCACUGAACAUGGGAAUCGCCCUGCGCUGCAAUUCAGACUCAGCCCAGCUCAACUGCAUCGAGAAUGAGCGGCGUCGGCGCUGCUGGGCCGGCAUCCUCAUGCUGCAUACGUAUCAGGCCAUUCUCUUCCGCGACAUCGACAUGUCGUCGCUGCUCGACAUUCCCGCCACGAUGCCAGCAGACGUCAAUGACGCCGACAUCACCCCUGAUCGCAUUCUCCGACCGUCCAGCCAGCCCACGCAAAUGUCCGUGAUGAUGUUCAAGAUCCGUCUCUUCCAGCUCUCCAGCCGUCUCUGUCGACAUAUUGCCAGUCCGGCCAAAUUCGACGAAACAGCCCUCACUCGCUUUGACGCCCAGAUCGAAGACGAGCAGAAGCAGUGGGAUGCUGUCUUCCUCCUCGACGGGUCGCCCAGUGUCUUGGAUACAUCCAGUUACGCCCACUGGUGUAUCCUGCAGCUGUACGCCCACCAGCUGUAUCUCCUCCUGCAUCGGCCAUUCUGUCGCUCCCAGUCCAAUCCGCGCUAUCGGUCUGUAUCACGGACAAAAUGCAUGUCGUCCAGUGUGGCGUUGUUGGACCUCCAUCGACAGCUCUGGGAGCUGCCCCGACUACGAUACUAUCGCUGGUUGAUCUACGGGAUGACGAGUUUCUACGCUCUCCAUGGGGCAGUGGCAUUGGCGUCGUGUUUGCUAGAUGGAACGACCAUCGACUCGACAUCGUAUCGGGAGACUUUUGAUUCAGCAGUCUCGCGCAUUGAAGUUCUUCGAACCCACAGUCCAAUCUGUCGUCAAGCAUAUCCAAUGCUACUACAUUUACAAUCUCUUCUCUCCCCCGGACAAUCCCAAUCCAGUCCGCGUGACUUUAACACCUUUGAUGAAUGGGUCGACGCGGUGCAGUGGCUGAAUCCAGAUUCGGUGAAUUGGAACUUUUGGGGCAUGAACGAACCGAAUAUAUGA